GAAAUGCAUCAUUCAUUUCUUUUUCUCAGAAAUGUUCACAUCGCCGUUUGGGUUCACCCAUUUGGAUGAGUGACCGAACCAGUAAUUCAAAGCUCCUGUAAUGUCAUUGCCGGGUUUCAACAUUGACUUAUGCCAAGACUACUGAUUUGAAAUCAUUAGAGUAAAAUGCUAAGACAUUUCACAUUCCAGUCAUUUAUUGGAAAUCAAACCAAGCAAGAAUCAUUAUUUUUUAUUAUGCUAUAUUUGUUUACUGUUGUAUACCAGAAUCAGUUUCACUUGAGUUUCUUUUACGUACUGUGUCGCUGAUCUGCACAGCUGACAAAUCUCGAUGCAGCUCUGCUUAUCUUUUGUUUUUUGACCUGACAGCACUUGUAUCGCCGUCCCUCAAAAGUUAAGUUCCGAUUUUAAAUCACUGUUUUGGCUCUCCAACAAAUACAAGUAAAACAAUUAUUUUUUCCAAAUACUCCAUUCACUGCCAUUGACGGUUAUAGACGUCAAAAUUCAAUUUUACUUUUAAAUUCAUUCAACUAGCAGUGAAUGAGUUAACUGAAUGUUCCAACUUCAUUUCACAAUCUGCUUUAUACAUGACAUCACUAUACCAAAUUUUGCUGUCACCUGGUGUUUGCGUGUGAGUGUUGUGUGUGUGUGUGUAUACGUGUGGGCUAAAGGUUGGCAGCAGUAGGCGGGGCGGCAGUUCUUUACCCUCUAUCUCGUCCUGCUGUCCCCUCAAGAUGCCACUGUCACGGUCUUUGUCGAUGACAUCUUUAAGUGGCGUACUGCCAGCUUGGGAGGAGGAUGAGUUGCCUGUUGAGGAUCUGCUGCUUUUUGAGGUUGCCUGGGAAGUUACCAAUAAAGUCGGAGGAAUCUACACUGUGAUCCAGACCAAGGCCAAGAUCACGGUGGACGAAUGGGGGGAGAACUACUUCAUGUUGGGGCCGUAUUUUGAACACAACUUUAAAACACAGGUGGAAGCUUGUGAGCCACCUUUUCCUCCAAUCAAGAAGGCCAUGGAUGCUCUGAUCCAAAAUGGCUGCCAGGUUUAUUUUGGCCGCUGGCUAAUUGAGGGCAGUCCCUAUGUGAUCCUUUUCGACAUUGGUUCUGCCGCUUGGAACCUGGACCGCUGGAAGGGAGACCUGUGGGAUACCUGCAACAUUGGCCUACCAUACCAUGACCGGGAAGCAAACGACUCUCUCAUCCUAGGCUCACUGAUUGCCUGGUUCUUCAAAGAGUUAACAGAUCAGCUUGGAGACAAACCCAAUGUCAUCGCGCAUUUCCAUGAGUGGCAGGCAGGUCCAGGUCUCAUUCUCUGUCGUUCUCGAAAGAUCCCCAUGGCGACCGUCUUCACAACUCACGCAACUCUGCUGGGACGAUACCUCUGCGCUGGGAAUGUUGACUUCUACAACAACUUAGAUAAGUUCAACAUCGACAAGGAGGCUGGUGAACGUCAGAUCUAUCAUCGCUACUGCUUGGAGAGAGCUGCUGUCCAUUGUUCUCAUGUCUUUACAACAGUCUCGCAGAUCACUGCUGUGGAAGCCAAUCAUAUCUUACAUCGGGAUCCAGAUGUGGUGACUCCUAAUGGACUAAAUGUCAAAAAGUUCUCAGCCAUGCAUGAGUUUCAGAACCUACACUCCAUCAACAAGGCUCGCAUCCAGGAGUUUGUCAGAGGACACUUCUAUGGACAUCUGGACUUCAACCUAGAUAAAACACUAUUCUUCUUCAUUGCUGGCCGCUAUGAGUUCUCCAACAAGGGAGCAGACAUGUUCCUCGAGUCACUAUCCAGGCUGAACUACCUGCUUCGAGUCCACAGAAAUGAUGUCACAGUGGUCGUUUUCUUUAUUAUGCCAGCAAAAACCAACAACUUCAAUGUGGAAUCCCUGAAGGGGCAAGCUAUACGCAAACAGCUCUGGGAUACUGCUCACAUUGUGAAAGAGAAGUUUGGGAAACGACUCUAUGAUGCUCUGUUAAUAGGUAAGAUCCCUGAUAUGGACUCCAUUCUGGACAGAGAUGACUUCACUAUCAUGAAGAGAGCCAUCUACGCCACUCAGAGACACAGCCUCCCUCCAGUAACAACCCACAACAUGCUUGAUGACUCAUCAGAUCCCAUUCUAGCCAACAUCCGACGAAUCGGCCUUUUCAAUUCCAGGAAUGACCGUGUCAAGGUCAUCUUCCAUCCUGAAUUUCUAUCCUCUACGAGUCCUCUGCUACCACUGGAUUAUGAGGACUUUGUCCGUGGUUGUAACCUUGGAGUAUUCCCCUCCUACUAUGAGCCUUGGGGAUACACACCGGGUGAAUGUACUGUAAUGGGCAUUCCCAGUGUGACGACUAAUCUUUCUGGUUUUGGGUGCUUCAUGGAGGAACAUGUAUCAGAUCCUGCUGCCUAUGGUAUUUACAUCGUGGACCGGCGGUUCCGUUCUGCCGAAGAGUCCUGUAACCAGCUGACUCAGUUCAUGUUCAAUUUCUGCCAACAGUCACGGCGUCAGCGCAUCAUCCAGCGCAACAGAGCAGAGAGGUUGUCUGACCUGUUGGACUGGAAAUACCUAGGACGGUUCUACAUUCACGCACGCCUCCUUGCACUCAGCAGAGCUUUCCCUGACAAGUUUAAAGUGGACCCCGUGGGACCUUUGAAGACGGAAGGUUUCCGCUACCCCCGGCCUUACUCGGUGCCCCCCUCUCCGUCCGUGUCUGUCCACUCCACACCCCACCACAGCGACGUGGAGGAUGACGAUGAUGAUGAACCCUACGAUGAAGACGAGGAGGCCGAAAAGGACCGAUUGAACAUAAAGGCUCCCUUCGUCCUGGGUGCUGCGCCAGAGGGCAAGAAGAAACAACCAGGGGAAUCUGGAAACUGAGAUUUAACUGAUUUCCAGGAUUCCAAAAGAAGUUUUCAGAUUUGCUGAUAGAACAUACAAAAGACCUUUUCGUCUCCUCCACGCAAAAAUGAAUAACAACAUCUUUCAAACUACGAAGUGGAGCGCUUUCAGAAGUAUUCUCUCUUCCACACAGGCAUUUCCUGAAAGUACACCUCCUCUGGGUUUUCAACAGCUAUGCAAAAAAGAAAAAGACAAGACGAUUAGAUUUCAGUGGGAACAGCGCAUCAGUUCAUUCAAAUUGUCUGAUUUGUUUUAAUAUGCACUUAUCUCUGGAUGCGAAAUGUUGCGACAAUGACAUUGUACUUAAAACUGUAAAAAUAAUAAAAAGAUGAAACCCUUGCCUACAAUUUAUUUGAGAUAA